AUGGGAAAGAGACGGGGGAAAAGGGGAGUUGAUGAGAUUAAAAUAAUAAAAAUAGUAAUAAUAAUAAUAACAAUAACAAUAACAAUAAUAAUAAUAAUAAUAACAAUAAUAACAAUAAUAACAACAAUAAUAAUAAUAACAAUAGUAAUAUUAAUAGUAACAAUAAUAAUAAUAAACAAAAACGAGGGCGGAGAAGAGGUGAGGGGAGAGGAGAGGAGAGCGCACAGGCAAGGAGAGGGCAGAGGGCGGCCAGACGGCACAGCGACCGCACAAACUCCACAUCGCCACUCCCCCUUCUGCUGGCCGGAUGAGGCAGUGGCGGUGGCUGGGGGGAAGGGAGAGCAGCACUUGCGGCGGAGCGCGUCAAACUGUUUGGCGAAGUAG